AUGACUGAGGCCAACGUUACCCGACUCGUGUCAAAACUGAGUCAGAUGCGGGGUGCAGCACUGAAGAUCGGGCAAUUCCUCAGUAUUCAAGACACGCAUCUUCUUCCACCUCAAGUUGAAGAGAUUUUCCGUCGAGUCCAGGACGGUGCUCAUUAUAUGCCUGACUGGCAACUGGAGCAAGUCAUGUCCUCUUCCCUGGGCUCCAACUGGAACACCCAUUUUGCCUCAUUCACUCGCAUUCCUUUCGCUGCAGCCUCAAUCGGUCAAGUCCAUAUGGCCACCCUCUCAGCCUCCUCUUCUCCUACCGGUCGCGAGGAGGAAGUAGCCGUCAAAGUCCAAUAUCCCAACGUUGGAGCGUCCGUAGCCAGCGACCUUGGAUACGUCAAGAUGAUGUUGAACGCCGGUGGUUUGCUGCCCAAAGGUCUAUUUUUGGAUCGCACCAUUGAGGUGAUGAAGCACGAACUGUUCGACGAGACAAGGUACACUCGUGAAGCCCACUUCCUCAGGCUGUUUGGCUCGCCCGAGUUCCUCGGAAAUGAUGCUCGCUACAAGGUGCCGUGGGUAUGGGACGGCAGCACAGAUGAGGUCUUGGUGAUGGAAAGGGUCCGGGGACAAAGCGUCGGCGGCAACAUUGUUGACAAGCUGACGCAGAAAGAUAGGGAUUAUAUUGCGGCGAGGAUAAUCGAGCUGUGCCUGAAGGAGCUGUUCACCUUCCGCGUGAUGCAAACGGACCCGAAUUGGACCAACUUCCUAUGGAACAAGGAGACCCGGCAGAUCGAGUUGGUCGACUUCGGAGCGACGCGCGAGUACAGCAAAGAGUUCAUAGAUCGAUGGCUUCAUCUCUUGCAAGCAGCCGCUACCGAGGACAGGGAAGCGUGCAUCGAGUGGAGUCUUAAGUUGGGCUACCUCACCGGCGAGGAGAACGAGGUCAUGCUGGACGCACAUGUGCACUCCAUGCAGCUCCUCGCGACGCCCUUCAAGGCUUCCACGCUGCAACCUUUUUCAUUCGGACCUGGUUCGCACUGGGCAGAGAUCACUAAGGAGAUCCGCGCGCAAAUUCCGGUUAUGAUCCAGAAUCGCUUGACGCCUCCACCAAGAGAAACAUACAGCCUCAAUCGUAAACUGAGCGGGGCCUUCCUCCUAGCUUCAAGGUUGAGUGCGACUGUCGACUGCAAGGCGCUCUGGGACGCGGUGACGAAUGGAUAUCAGUUCACUUCCUAA